AAAGAGAGAGAGAGAGAGAGAGGCAAAAAGGGAGACUGGGGAGCAGGGGGCUAAAAAAAAAAGAUAGGCAGUGACAUAGGGAAGGAUAGAGGCGGGAAGAAGAAAGAGGGAAGGGAUGAAGAGGAAAGAGAGAGAGAGAGAAACAAAUAUCUAAACCAUCGAAUUUGCUCAUCAAAAUAAUGUUUCAUAAUAAGUUUCCUGUUGGAUAGACAUGCACGUAUGGGUCUUAUACAAACACCAAGAGGGGGAAGCCGGGUAAGGAACAUUAAGAGAGGGAGAGAGAGAGAGAGAGAGAGAGAGAGAGAGGGGGAGAGAGAGAGAGAGCUACAGCUAAUGACGAAUACUCCUUUUAUCACCUGUUUCACAUAAUCCCAUGGGCACACCACACGCAUGGUUCAUUCCUGCUGAAGACUUCGUGGUAUACCUCACCAUCAUGCACCUUGAUCAAGUCCAAGUUGAUCAAACUCCAGUCUGAACCUAUAGCUCUAGUCUGGCUUAUCGAUCUACAUCUGGGCCAAAUUUGGACCAGAUUCAAGUGAAGAGACCGAGGAUGAAUUUUGACAGUUUCGUUUACUUUCGCUGACUUUUAGUGAGGCCGAGUAUAGAGGAACGGUGUGAGUGUGUCGAUGUAGGGUCCAUGUUUGAUGCCUGCAUGCUGCUGCUGGAUGCUUUUUCAUAGAAAUCGAGUUUUGUUUAGUGGUCGCUCUUACCACCACCAUCAUCUUCUCCAGAUUUCCUCAUCUUGCAUAGAUUAUAACACGCGAACAGAGCUCAUUGAAUAUGAACUGUACAUUUUUAAUGGCCAGUGAAAUCUGACCUGAGACAACUAGCAUUUCAAUAAUUAUUGCCUGCAUGGAAACUUUGAUGUUGAGUCGAGAAGUACUGUGCAUUACAUUUGAAACUUUAACUGUUUCAUGGACGAAACUCAUCUCUGCAAGACCGAAUUUUCAAUACCAGGAGCGUAUCAACUAUCAUCAUUUUGGCUAGCCACUUUUGAUGGCAAACUGAUGCUUUCAUAGUAAACUUUCAGCGCAAGCGCAUUAAGCGUCAUCGUCAGACCGAAAAUAUUAAUACAGUGUGGAUGCCGCCAAAAUAUUAACAUUCUGCUCGUUUCCUGUUUGGAAGGACUUCGUGAACGUGUAUGGUUUCCUUUGCAUAUUUUUAUGUUAGCGAGUAAAAAAAAAACUGCUCAUACUAUCCAUUACACCCAACAUUGAUAUGCUGGUACCUUUAUAGCCGUAUACAAUCUGCACAGUAACGUCUCUAGAAAUGGUAUUCACCAGUGUUGUUUAGGAGUCUCGCCAUACAUUUCGCGCGUUUACAUUUUCUUUCUGAAGAACUCGAUCGUCCAAAAUGCCUCGGGUAUAUUUUACGGUGGUCAUCUCUGGGACGGCUUGGCUUUCCCUCGCCUUUCUCCUCUUCUUCAUACAUCAUGAGAACAAGCAGAUUAUGGGGAAUAUCAAACAGGCCAUGGUUGCCGACAUAGCAGCGGUCGGACCGCCUGUCAUCCACCCGCACAAUGUCCACGAUACGCGAGGAGGUGGACUAACAAGAAAGUUGGACGGUAACGACGAGGACCUUGACUCGGUCCUGGGCCAACUGGACAAGGAUAUCCCCCGUUUUGGUCCAGGGGAAGGGGGCCAACCGUUGAUAUUGUCGGGCAAGGAUAUGGAGAAGGCCAAGAAGAGCAGAGACCAGCAUAAUUUCAACCUGGUGGUCAGUGAUAAGAUAUCUUUGGAGAGAACCGUCAAGGACACAAGAGAUUCAAGGUGCCAGGACAUCACAUACCGGUUCUCCAAGUUUCCCACAGCCAGCGUGAUCAUCGCCUUCCACAACGAGGCGUGGUCGACGCUCAUGAGGACGGUGCACAGCGUCGUCAAUCGUACACCACGCGACAUCCUUACCGAAGUCGUACUCGUCGACGACGCGAGCACUGAUGAGGACCUGAAGAAAAAACUCCUGAACAUUCCGAAAUCGGUACGGGGCAAAGUGAGGUUGGUUCAUACAACGCACAGGGAAGGGGUGGCCAGGGCGAAAAUGAGAGGGGCCAGAGAGGCACGCGGAGAGGUUCUCGUGUUUCUGGAUGCGCACUGCGAAGUGAACACCCAUUGGUUGGAGCCGAUGUUGGACCUCGUUCAUCAAGGCCCGACCACCGUCGUUUCGCCGAUCAUUGACAAGAUCGACCCCGAGACGUUUGGUUUCGAAGACGGCUCCCUGGCUCGGGUCACCUUCAGAUGGAGCCUGGAGACUCGACGGAUCCCGCUCAGUCAGAUCGAAAAAGCAGAGAGACUCAACCCACUGGAGCCCGUUAGAUCACCCCUCACCAACGGAGGGAUCUUUGCCGUCAGUAAGUCAUUCUUUGAGAAGAUUGGUGGCAUUGACGCAGGGCUUGACGGAUGGGGAGCUGAUGGUCUCGACUUCUCUAUGAAGACCUGGAUGUGCGGUGGUUCAGUCUACGUAGUACCAUGUAGCAGGGUGGGUCACGUGACUCGUCAGGUGCCUCCAUACUCGUUCCCAGGUUCCAUCCAGACAUCGUAUCAGCGUAAUUUAGUCAGGAUCGCCGAGACGUGGAUGGAUGAAUACAAAGACGAGUUCUAUUCAGCAGUACCAGAUGCCAGAGACAGGUAUUUCGGCGAUGUUUCGGAGAUCAAAUCUUUGAGAGCACGUCUGAGUUGUCACAGCUUUGACUGGUAUCUAAGUCACGUGACACCGUCUCUCCUAGCAACCGCAAACAACGCAAGAAGAGCAUGGGGUCGGGUUCAUAAUCAAAACCAUGAUGUGUGUUUCAUGCCGAGCGAAGAAGGCAAGAAGUUGGUCCUAGACAUAUGCAGCAAUUACAAUGAAAAACAGGCGUUAUUACUCACCAAAGAUUUUGAGAUCCGUUUUGAAGAUUUGUGUCUGGAUCUCUCAGACUACAGAGUAGGGCAGCACGUGACAUUCGAAGCAUGUCACGGAAUGGCGGGAACACAAGAAUGGAUACAUUCCAAGCCUGGUAAAAUAAAGCAUCGUGAGAGUGGAUACUGCUUGGAUGUAGCGAUCGGACGGAUCUACAAACCACAACUCAUGACGAACGAAUGCAAUGAUUCAGGAACGCAGAGAUGGGAGUUUAGGCAUUAUACGAAACGAAUGAAUCAUUGAGAAAUUGAAUAUUUUCACCAUCGUCGAGUAUUAUUUUGUGCAGUACUGGAAUUCGCUGUGUAUAUACUAUGAUGACGCGCCGAUGUAUACACGAUUGAAAGGAACAAAAAGGGAAACACAACCCCACUACGCUCUUUCGCAAAAAAAAAGUGCUAAAACAAUUACGCAUUGCUUCCACUCUGCAAUUUACAUGCGCUUUUUGAACGAUAUGCAACACUACUUGCUGACGGGCCCUAUAUAAUGCGGCAGAGACUUGAAAUGCAUUGCUAUAAAAUGGACACUACCUUACAUAAGACUGUCUUAUUGACACGCGAUUAAUCUUAAUCUUAAUCUACUUGUAAAUCUAUGAUAUUUUGAAAAUGCAAUCAUUUGUUACUAUUUUUGUGAAUAUGAAAUACCAUUUCAUCCGAGUAAGCCAGUUACUGAUAAAGAAAGUUGUGUCAUUGGAAAACGUAACAUACACAGGGUAUUUUCCCCAUACUUGUACCAUUUUUUAAAGAGAAUGUACAUUGUAUUUGGCUUAUUCAGAAAAUAUGUUGGCUUAUACAUAAAGAAUGUUGAUUUCUCGCUUUUUAUUGAUGUACUACAAAUGUGACAAGCAAAGUAGUUUUUAUAAAAACAAAUAAAAGAAUAAAGUAAAUAAAA